AUGAGUAUAAUCUGGUACCUAUUCGUCGCUCUCGGACUAUUUAAGCGCUACUUUGCUUCUUUACCUGAUGCACAAGGACUUGAAUUUGUAGACACUGCUGCAAUCUGCGCCUUCCAUUGUUCCUCCGGUCUCUUGUCACAAUCAGAACAAUGUUUACCGUCACUUUGUGGCCGCCAACGUGCAUUAAGAAUCGAUGAGCAAGAGAUUAAUGUGCUUACAUGUCACAAUGUGGAGCAAAAUGCAUCAACACUUACAUUCUCUUUCACACUGGCAAGAGAAGACAGUGCUGAGGUGUUUCAAGGCUUUCACGACACUUUUUUUCAGGCGUAUAAUUCUAUGUUAAUGGGCAACAGUAUUACGACUGAUGCCUGUCAAUUAGCUUUUUUACAGGAUAAAUUAAUACCAAGUGUGAAAGAUGAUGACUUGAAGGAGAAGGAGACGAUGGAAUUGAAGCCUAAAUUAGUAAAAUUAGUAACUACGAAAAUGCCAAUUCAAGAAAGAGAGUGCAUUAUUGCAAUACGACAAGUAUGUAAAAAUAAAACAAAUGAGGGAUCGUUGCUGACACGGAGAGGAGAUAGUUUGGGAGAAAAUACGGUUUUGCUUCUACACGCUGAUGAAUUGAUGACUGACAAGAUUCGAGCGCUAAAAUGCGUAGAUAUUGUGCUGGAUUUGCCGCCAAUUCUAAAGCUCAUGCCAUUUGCACGGAGUGCUGCACACUUAAGUGAUAGGAUGAGGAGACAGGAAAAUGUCUCAAUGGCGGCGCCUGCUAUGGAGAUUAGAUUGGUGGAAGGGGCAGAUCGCCAGUCUGUCUUGAUUUCGUUUAAGCAGCGAGCACGCGAGCUCUUGGGCGUGCUUAAUAUAUUUGAAACAAGUGAAAACCAGCCAAGGUCGAUUUUUACAAAGCCGCUUAAGGAUCUCAUCACAUGGACAAAGGUGCUAGCACUCGCUAUCAUUGCAAGUUCGGUCGAGUGGAUUGAUGAACGGCAUGAAAUUACACAGAAUCUCUUACGAGGCGAAGAGCAAGAACGAUGGACGCAAAUGCAGAGCCAUCGCCGCCUUGAUGCUUACGCGCCUAGUCUGGUCGGUGUAGACUCAGCAAGAGAGGCAGGAAUUCGUGGCAAUGAUGUCGUUGUCGGGAUAACUGAUACUGGGCUUUAUCUGUAUCACGAUCAGUUUGAUCAAGAUGAUCGUGAUGUGUUCUCUCGUAUGGUGAUGUCGGCUCGAAAAGUGGUCAUGUACAAUGCGUGGGCAAAUAAAGCAGAUGAAGCGGAGACAAUUACUUGUGGUCAUGGUACCCACGUUGCAGGCCUUUUGGCUGGUAGUUCAUUUAGCGGUAAAAAUGCUGAUUUGGGGAUCGCGAACAAGGCACGUAUAGCAUUUAUGGACAUUGGGAUGCAAAGUGAAACGUGUGCGGGUGAGUUAAACUGCGCUGUAUCGUUGGCCACACCUGCCGAUGCCAGUGAUCUGCUGGUAAGUCAAAUUGAUGCAGGCGCUAAGAUUUUCUCGUUUUCAUGGGGCAAUAGUGGCGAGUCGUCCAUCACUGGUCAGCGCACCAUAUCGUCACCAUCUGGCGCUAAAAAUGUAAUAUCAGUCGGGGCAUCACUCAACUCAGCGGCAUCUUUCAUGGACUACGCAUGCCCCGAUAUUAUGAACGAGCACACGGUAGCAUCAUUUUCAUCUGCCGGGCCUACAACAGACGGGAGAAUGAAACCUGAUGUCGUAGCACCUGGGAUGAGUCUUAUAUCAAGUCAAUCGGAGGCCCCAGGAACAAUGAGAGAAAGCUCGGCAACGUGUUUACUCCAGGGCACGUCACAGGCGACACCAGUGGUAACUGGUGUUGCUGUGCUUCUGUAUGAGUGGCUUCGCGAUGGGUGGUGGAAGGACGGACGCAAAAAUGCUGCAUACGCUAUGAGUACGAUUCCUGCUUCUUUGCUUAAGGCGUUACUUAUUCACAGUGGAGAUUCUUUGCAUAAGCGGAUGGGUGCGUUACCCACAAGCGGUUUUGUGUCAUGUACAAGCUUGAGCGUGAACAAUAGUGGCAAUGGCAGCCGCAAUGGACCACCAUCAUUGUAUUUCUUGCCAAACUCGACAGAAAAUAGCGAGCCAGCAGUCGCACACGGAGGUGAAAUAGUGAUUUCGUUUACGGUAGCUCGCGGUGUGGAUUUGCGAGCGACUCUCGUGUGGACUGAUCCGCCAGGGUCAGUUCAGGCAACGUCGCAAUUGCAGCACGAUCUGGACUUGGUUGUUCGCGUGCGCAAUGGCACUGAAAUGUUUGGUCCACUGACAGCUGACCCAAACACUGGAAGGGAUUCGCUGAAUAACGUUGAGAUGGUGCAGGUUUCUUACGCUGAUCUUCUCGCUGCUGCCACUGACAGCAACACAAGUAGCAGUGGCAGUGAAAAUGGAACAAAUAGCUUAGCACUUGGAAACAAUGGAGAGAUAGUGGUUGAAGCUGUUGUUUACGGCCGAAGUGUGCUGCUGGCGGACUAUCAGAAGUUUGCGUUCGUAGCGUCUUCCAGCGUUAUUGGAUCCACGUCGGGAAUAGCGGCUACAAAUGAUAGCAAGUCUUUCUGGUCUACUUGGGCGCUCGCUAUUAUCGUGGGCUGUGUGAUUGUGCUGCUAAUAGUUAUUGCUUGGGCCACGCGCUGGUUAUGUGGUCGGAACAAACGAGGAGCCAGCACAAGGUAUAUUCAAGAGCCAUAUCCCGCCCAGGUCAGAAAUCCAGGCUCCGCGUUUUGCCCAUCUGCCCAGACAGCGACUGAUAUUACAGAAGGAAGCCGAUGCCCAUACUGUGGACGAAGGAUGUUUGGCUUGGAACCGGCAAUGGCAGUGGUGACAUUGACAUCCCGUUCGAUUACUAAUACGCCACCGAGAGGCGUGCAGAACUUUGCAGAAGAUGAGAGACAAAAAUGUCCGCAUUGUCGUUUUAUCGCAUCUAACGCUGUUAUUCUAGUUAACCACGUGCAGCAUAUGCACACACAGUUAUAA